UUUACCUCAACCCUUUUCAGAUCACAAUGGGACAGAUUUUCUAAAUGAAGACAUUGAAAAACACAAUCUUUCUCCUUCUAUCUUUUAUUUAAGUGGGAUUUAAGAUGUUGCCAUUUCCCAGCAGCAUGGUAGUAUUGAGAUAGCUAUGUGUCUGUAGAUGCUGAAUGUUUAGGAAUGCCCUUCAGAUGUGAAGUUUCUUUUUGUUUUUGCUUUUGGGCUCAUAACUUGGAUAUUUCAUCUGGAGUGGAUAAGUACAACUGUGACAAAUACAUGGAAUAAUUCAAGAAGACUAUAGAAUCUUAAAUCCAAGGAACUUGGCUUAUUCUGAAGAUAGCCAUAUGAAAACUUUAAAACAGAAGUAUGGGUAGCUGACUUGAAGUAGUAACUCUAUGUCAAAUAGUCGUAGGUUAAGUAUCUUUAAAGAACUUGGAUAUUAUUUCAGAGGAUACAAAAUAAAAAAACAAACUGGAAAACAUAAAAUUACAGAGAAAAACGCAACACCUUCCUGUGCAGUCCUAUUGGAAUUUGGACUUGCCAUGAGGUGUUGAAGCCUAUUUCAUUGAGUCGGAGAGACUGGACCUAAAUGGCGCAGCAUGACUUUGCACCAGCCUGGCUUAAUUUUCCUAUUCUGCCAUCGUCAACAAAGUCGUCAUUGAAUUUUGAGAAGCAUUCUGAAAAUUUUUCAUGGACAGAAAAUCGGUAUGAUGUGAAUCGUCGACGACACAACUCUUCAGAUGGCUUUGAUUCUGGUAUUGGACGACCUAAUGGAGGUAAUUUUGGAAGGAAAGAAAAAAAUGGAUGGCGUACACAUGGAAGAAAUGGUACAGAAAACAUAAAUCAUCGAGGGGGGUACCAUGGUGGAAGUUCCUGUUCUCGUAGCAGUAUUUUUCAUCCUGGAAAAAGCCAAGGACUACACAAAAACAGCAUGCCUGACAAUGAAACAGGGAGGAAAGAUGAUAGGAGAGAACGUAAACAGUUUGAGGCUGAAGAUUUUCCAUCUUUAAAUCCUGAGUAUGAGAGAGAACCAAAUCAGAAUAAAUCUUUAGCUGCAGGUGUAUGGGAAUAUCCUCCGAAUCCUAAAUCUAGAACCCCAAGGAUGCUGGUUAUUAAGAAAGGUAAUGCAAAAGACUUACAGCUCUCUGGAUUCCCAAUUGUAGGAAAUCUUCAGUCACAGCCAGUUAAGAAUGGGACUGGCCCAAGUGUUUAUAAAGGCUUAGUCCCUAAACCUGCUGCUCCACCUACAAAACCUACACAAUGGAAAAGCCAAACUAAAGAAAAUAAAGUUGGGAGUUCUUUCUCUCAUGAGUCUUACAGUGUUGGUAACUUUAAUGCUUUUAAACCAACUGCCAAGAAUUAUAGUCCAUCAACAACUUCAGUAAAAGAGCAGCCUCGGCUAACCAAACUGACCCGUAUGCGUACUGAUAAGAAGAGUGAAUUUUUGAAAGCAUUAAAGAGGGACAGAGUAGAAGAGGAACAUGAAGAUGAAAGCCAUGCUGGUUCAGAGAAGGAUGACGACUCGUUUAAUUUGCAUAACAGCAAUAGUACUCGCCAAGAAAGGGACAUAAACCGAAAUUUUGAUGAAAGUGAAGUUCCUCAAGAGAAUGGCAAUGCCUCAGUGAUAUCUCAACAGAUCAUUCGUUCUUCUACCUUCCCACAAACGGAUGUUCUUUCAAGUUCACUUGAAGCAGAACACAGAUUGUUAAAGGAGAUGGGCUGGCAAGAAGACAGUGAAAAUGAUGAAACUUGUGCUCCUUUAACUGAAGAUGAAAUGAGAGAAUUCCAAGUUAUUAGUGAACAGUUACAGAAGAAUGGCCUGCGAAAAAAUGGUAUUUUGAAAAAUGGUCUGAUCUGUGACUUCAAGUUUGGACCCUGGAAAAACAGCACUUUCAAACCCACUGUUGAGAAUGAUGACACAGAAACAAGUAGCAGUGACACAUCAGAUGAUGAUGAUGUGUGAAGGAUUUCCUAACAGCUUUAGAAAUUUUAGUGUGAUACAUCUCAUACAAUUUGGGGUGAAUUGUAAAAAUGAAGAACUAUAAUUUACGUAGUAAAAAACCCCAUUAGAAGAUGAUUUUUUGGGGGACUUCAAUAUGAAGAAAACCCAAGAAUGUUGUGUUGGGCUGUGUUGAACUUUAUUUCUU